AAUUAUUUGUUGUGCUUAGAAAAAAAAAAAAAAAAAAAAAUAACAGCUUCAUAAAUAUAUCAACAGAUGUUUUAAAGUAUGCCUGAAGGUUCGUCAAUUCAAGUAGCAGUGCGUUGUCGACCUUUAUCUACAUCGGAGAAAAACAGUGGUGCCACACGGGUGUUAAAGAUCAAAGGUGAUCAAGUAUCACUGCACAAUGCUGCACUGCCAGGUUCUUCUAAGGAAAUCAGUUUUUCAUAUGAAAAUUGUUACUUUACAGAAGCUAAAAAUAAUGAAAUUUUUAAAGAUUUAGCUGAACCAUUGUUGAGAAAAGCAUUGGAUGGGUACAAUAUUUCUGUUAUUGCAUUUGGACAGCAUGAUUCUGGAAAGUCUCACACUAUUAAUGGAACAUUAGAAGAUCCUGGAUUAAUUUCAAGAGCAAGUGAAACAAUUUUUAAAGUGAUUGAAGAUGCUUCUAAUGUAAAAGAUUAUUUUUUGAUGGUUUCCAUGCUUGAGGUUGGUGACAGUUUUUUGUAUGAUCUUAUUAAUCCAAGUGGAAUUGAUCUCAAAGUGCGCCAUCAUCCACAAUUAGGCCUGUAUGUUGAUGAUAUAGCUGAAGUUGUUGUUCAAACAAAUGAUGAUGUGAUUAGACUCUGUGAUCAAGGAUUAAGAAUUAGAAAAUUAACAACAGAUAUAAAUGGAUCAGCGAGGACUACAACAGUUUUUUCAAUAUACAUUGAACAAAGAGCGAAAGGAGGUUCCCAAUUCAAAAGCACAAAGUCUACUAUCUCUUUCAUAGAAUUGGCUGGCUCUGAACAUACAAGCAAAUCUGAAGAUGCACCAUUCAUAUCAAAAAGCCUAAAUUCAUUGCGCAAUGUUGUUAUGACAUUGAAACAAGGAACAAAAGUUGUACCAUAUGAAGAAUCAAAAUUGACAAAGCUACUUCAGGUGGCAUUUGGAGGAAAUGGGUAUACAGUUUUCAUAGGUCAUGUGUCUCCAUCAGAUGGGGACUUUUCCGAAACAUUUGCUACAUUGCAAUUUAUGUCACAUGUAAAAAGUGUCCAAAACAUACCUAAAAGAAAUCAGACUGAUUACACCAUGGUUAUAAAAGGUUUGCGUGAAGAAAUUUCUAAGUUAAGAGAGCGCCUUUCUAUCAAUACAGGAAAAAUGGUUGACACUCCAAAUAAUGAUGAUGUAUCAAGAAUGGAGGAGUUAAUUAAAGAUCUCCAACUAGCAAAGAUGCAAACAUGGGAGGAAAAACAACGAAUGUCGGAAAUGUUUUUAGAAGAACGAAAACAUCACUUGUCAAGCAAAGGUAUUUUGGAUUGGGUUCUUGAUUCAAUGAAGAAAGGAAGUAAAGAUGUUCAAUCAAAGCUUGCUAAUCUCCAAAAAGACAAAGAAAGAUUAAUGAUUGAAUACAAAGAAGUCAGAAAUGUUGCGGAUGCCUUGAAAGAUCAGCUUCAGUUGAUGAUUACUGAAUAUACCAAGCUUAAUGAAGCAGGCAAUGGAAACAGCAAAGAUGGAAAACAAAAAGUAGCAGAAAUCCAAGAGAUGAAAGAAAAAUUGAGACAGGAAAAUGAAACAUUGAAAAAGAUUAAACAGAAUUUAAAAGAAAUUCAAGACAAACAGAAACUAGAAAAAGAGGAAGCAAAAAAUCAGGCUGCAUCAUUAAAAGGAAAUUUUGAAUUGCGCUUUAAGUUAGAGGCUGAGAAUCGGGAAAAUAUGGAAAAAGAAAAUCAAGCGACUUUAGCUGAUGAAAUUGACAGAGUUAAAAUGGAGACUGAAAAUGAAAAAGCAGAACUUAAGAUGAAAUCUUCAGGUCAAAAGUUGAUUACAGCUGAUGAUUUACUUAAAGUUGAAAUGGAGUUAUUAGACUUAAAAGCUGAAAAGUCAACAAUGGCUGUAAAAUUACGCUCAAUUGAAAGUGAAAAGAGGCAAUUGAAAAUUGAUAUUGAUGAAAUGUUUAAACGACAAAAAGAAGAACUUGAAAUCCAACAACUUCAGCAUUUUCAGACGUUUCGUAAUUAUCGUGAGGCAUUUGAAGAGCAGAAAGGAAUGCUUGAACAACGCUACCGUGCGCUACUUGAGGAUUCUAUUCAAGACGCAGUUUAUUUAUCAUCGCGAAACCAAGAGCUUGUUGAUGAAAAUCAGACUUUGAAGCAAGAAAUUGCUGAACUGAAAGAUAAGAUAUCUACCAUAAGCGGAAGACCACAAUCAACAUAAUUAGUCGUGCUUUAUCUUAAUAUAUUUUAUUAUAAGAGGUUAUUACUUUAUUCUAAAAGCU